CAAUUUCUCAUCUUUUCAUCAUGUUUCCUUAUUGUUCUACUUUCAAUAUUCAGCAAUAAAAGUCAUUUUAGUUUUCAGUCACUUACUUCUCAUUCUUCAAUUUACUCUCAUUUAGUUCCUCUCUUGCUAUAUGCAUAAACACCAUUCUACACUCGAUCAACUUUUAUUUUAGAAUUUUGGUAUUAGAGCUGUGGUUGUAGAAAGCUUUGUUUGUGCUGGUCAUAAUGGCAAGAAAAGGUGGUGGUACAAAAUUUGAGAUUCUCAGUUUUGAUGGAUCAAAUUUUGCACUAUGCAAAUUGAAGAUGCAUGCAGUGCUCAUGACGGAUGGUUGUGCAGUGGCUUUCUUGCCAAGAGAAGAGAGACCCAAAGGAAUGACGGAUAAAUCUGUUGAAAGAAGUUCUAGAGAUCGAUCUAGAUCCAAGUCUAAAGGGAAGAAGAAAAUGAGAUGCUGGAACUGUGGAAAGCCAGGGCAUGAAUGGUUCCACACUUACAAGUCUUGUGCUGGUGGUGUCGUUUACAUGGGUGACAAUGGUGAAUGCAGAGUAGUCGAAACCGGAGAUGUGCGCAUCAAGAUGUUUGAUGGUUGUAUCCAAACAAUCUCCAAUGUUCAACAUGUACCUGCAUUGAAGAAGAGUCUUCUGUCCUUGGGAAAGUUUGACAAGCUUGGUAUGAAAUUCAUAGGGGAGAAUCGUCAGCUAAAGGUAGUCAAGGGUAUUAUGGUUGUGGCAAAGGGUGAACUGGUUGGGAAUUUAUACAGAUUGGUGGGUGAGACUUUAAUGGGCGAAGCUGCUGUUGCAAGUAUCAAGUCUGAAUCCUCUUCUGUUUGCACAUACGGUUGGCUAUCUUUUUCUUUGUCAACAAACAAAAGCCAUAAAUUCCUUGACUUGAUUCAUGCUGAUACUUGUCAAGUACCUGUUGUUUCUAUUGGUGGGUGUUUUUACUUUGUGACAUUCGUUGAUGAUUUCUCUCGAAAGAUGAAAACUCCGGAGGAGGUUUGGUUUGGUAAACCUGCAAACUAUUCUUUCCUUCGCAUAUUUGGAUGUGAUGCUUAUGUUUGGAUGCCUAAGGAGAAAAGAACCAACGUUGAUAAAAAUUCAAAAAGAUAUAUUUUUCUUGGCUAUGAGAUUGGUACAAAGGGGUACAGAUUGUGGGAUCCUACUGCCCGCAAUCUUAUUAUUAGCCAAGAUGUGGUUUGUAAUGAAGAGGUUUUUCAAGGCACAACUAAAAAGGAAGAAGCAAAGAAGAUUGUUGUUGAGCAAGAAGCUAGUUUUGAUGAUGUUGUACAAGAGGAGAAUAUUCAAAAUGAUCCUCAAUCUGAGUCUGAGCCUAAGUUUGAGCUUUUACAUGAAGGAAAUUCAUCUGGUGAUGCUGUUUCGCCUCAACCUCCAAGGGCCAUUAGACCUCUAGUGAGGUAUGAUGACUAUGUUACAUCUUUGAAGCCUCAAUCUAAUUAUGUAUGUGCUUAUCUUGCUUUUUCAGAAGAACAUGAGCCAACUUCUUUUAAAGAGGCUUGUGAGUCUGUCAAUUCUGACCAAUGGAGAUGUGCAAUGAAGGAGGAGAUGAAGUCUUUUCACAAGAACAAAACUUGGGAUCUUGUUCAGCUACCAAAAGGUCUAAAGGCAAUUGGAUGUCACUGGAUAUACAAGUUGAAGAAGGGCUUAGAAGGGAAUAUAGAAAGAUACACAGCUAGACUUGUGAUUAAAGGGUAUGCCCAAAAACCUGGUAUGGAUUUUGAUGAAGUUUUCUCACCAAUUGUUCGUUUGACUACUAUUAGAGUUGUUUUAACUCUUGCUGCUUCUCUUGAUCUUAAGUUAGAACAACUAGAUGUCAAGGCAGCUUUCUUGCAUGGUGACUUGAAUGAAGAAAUUUAUAUGAUACAACCUGAAGGCUUUGUUGAAGAAAAUAAUAGAAGUUUGGUUUGUUGGCUGAACAAAUUGCUUUAUGAUCUGAAACAGGCGCCUAGAUGCUGGUAUAAGCGGUUUGAUUCCUUUAUCGUGAGCUUGGGAUUUCGUAGAUGUGAAGCUGAUCAUUGUGCUUAUUUUUGUGAUCAUAAUGAUGGAUGCUUCUGUAUCUUGUUAUUGUAUGUAGAUGAGAUGAUUAUUGUAGGAAAUAAUCACACUUAUGUCUCUACAUUAAAAGCUCAACUUGCUGGGGAAUUCGAUAUGAAGGAAUUGGGAACCGUGAAUCAAAUUCUUGGGAUGAAGGUAUUUAGAGACAGAAAGGAUACGAAGAUCUGGUUGAAUCAAAAGAACUACAUAGAAAGGGUUCUACGGCGCUUCAAUAUACAAAAUGCUAAACCUGUGAGUACCCCUUUUCCUGUUCAUAUUAAAUUGUCUUCGGAACAUUCACCCAGCACUGAAGUAGAGAAGGUAGCGAUGUCUCGAGUGCCAUACUCAUCAGUAGUAGGGAGUCUUAUGUUUGCCAUGGUCGGAACAAGGUCGGACAUUGCACAAGUAGUGGGAGUUGUUAGCAAAUACAUGGCAAAUCCUAGUCGUGUUCAUUGGGAUGCAGUGAAGUGGAUCCUUAGAUAUUUAAAGGGCACUUCAAGUGUUUCAUUGUGUUACAGUUCAAUGGAACCCGAUUGUGUUGGUUUUGUUGAUGCAGACUUUGCUGGAGAUAGAGAUAAAAGAAGAUCAACUUCUGGUAAUGUCUUUAUCAUGGCAAGUGGUGCAGUUAGCUAGGAGUCUAAAUUGCAGCUGAUUGUAGCCUUAUCAACAACAGAGGCAGAGUAUAUCUCUAUCUCUCAUGCUUGCAAAAAAGCUAUUUGAUUGGAGAGGUUGCUUGAAGAAUUUAAAGUGAAGCAAGACACGUUUUCUAUGCAUUGUGACAGUCAAAGUGCUUUGCAUUUGGCUAAGAAUCCAACUUAUCACUCUCGCACAAAGCAUAUAGAUGUUCGCUAUCACUUUGUUUGACAAUUAGUUGAAGAUGGCAAGAUACUUCUACACAAGGUUCACACAGGUUCAAAUCCAGCAGAUAUGUUAACAAAACCAAUGGCUCGUGACAAGUUCAAUUGGUGCAAGUCUUCAAUUGGACUUGAAGAAGUAUGAUUCCUUUUCAUUUUUUGUUUGUUUUGUUUCAAGAAACAUGUCUUCAAGUGGGAGAUUGCUAAAGACAAAGUCAAAUAAGACUGUUAGCAGAGUCCUAAUAAAGUGGAGCAUACCAA